GAUUCGCAGAUUCCUCUCUCCCCUACUCCUCACAGAAUUGUUUUUAUCAAGCCUUCGUCCUUCCGAAUGUUAAUCUGUUUGUUGCGAUAAAGGUGUUUUUCGUUAUAGGUCCCUAUCCGAACACCAGACCUAACUUCAGUUGUCUAAAUGAGGGAGUUUGUCAUGGAUAUUUUUGCGAUAAAGGAGAGCUUUAUUUUUGCUCGGCUCUUCAACUCCAUUGAACUUUUACAUUCAGCUAUCAUCUGCCGUUUGGGAUAACGUUGAGGAAUUUAAACUAUGUCCUUCACGUCAAGCUCGUCAGACGGGAAAAAAAAGGGGUAAAAAAGUUUCUGCCAGUUCCUGGGAUCACCACACAGAGAAGAGGUGGGACGAGGAACACUGCUGGUGUUAACCUGGAUAUUAUCCAUCAACAACAGAGCUGCUGAUGUCCAUAUAAAAAGCAAUAAACUUCAGAGAAGGAAAAAAAAAAUACAAAUUGGGUGGUCAUCGUUGUGGCUGGUCACUGAGAUUCUGAGGUAUGGCUUCUAGCCUAACAAGUGCGGGCGUGGUGUGGGCCCUGCUCUCCUUCCUGUGUGCGGCGGCCUCUUGCGUGGGUUUCUUCAUGCCCUACUGGCUCCUGGGGUCCCAGAUGGGUAAACCAGUCUCCUUCGGGACCUUCCGGAGGUGCUCGUACCCGGUGCGUGAUGAGGCUCGCCAGGCCACGGUGAUGCUGGAGCAGUGUGGACGCUACGCCUCGUUCCAGGGCAUCCCUAGUCUGGAAUGGAGGAUUUGUACGGUGAUAAUCGGGUUGGGCUGUGGCCUGUUGCUCCUGGUGGCACUCACGGCCCUCAUGGGAUUCUGUUUGUCUGAUCUCAUCUCCAGGACCAUUGGACGCGUGGCUGGGGGCAUCCAGUUUUUUGGGGCGUUGCUGAUUGGGUCGGGGUGUGCGCUCUACCCUCUAGGUUGGGACAGUGAUGAAGUUCGACAGACCUGCAGCAAUAGAUCCAACCAGUUUGAGCUUGGUUCUUGUGAGAUUGGCUGGGCGUUCUACUGUACCGGAGCAGGGGCAUCAGCAGCCAUGAUGUUAUGCACCUGGAUGGCCUGCUUCGCUGGGAAGAGACAGAAGCAGUACCCCUACUGAUGUCAUCAAGGCGGGACAGCCACAGAGACCAUGAUGACCACCUCCCCCAACACCCGUCAUCACUGGCAAUUGAAGAGACUCAGAGCAAAGGAUAAUAUCAGGAGGACAGUGUCUAUGGGCGCAUUCGACAUUGCAGUUGACUUUAAAGGCGAGUCGAGACUGAUCUACAAAUCACCAUCAUAAAUAACUACUCAAUAUUAUUUGUAGAUCAGUCAGUCACAAUUUACCCAUGGAACAUCACAAUUUAGAUGCUCUUGAACACGGCCUGUAUGCCAUAGGCUAGUUAUGCACUCUGUCAUCAUAAUUGAAGCAGAGCGGACUACCUUGUGGUGCAUUUGGUACUGAGGCAGAAAAUAAUAUAACACAACACAAUACAUUCGCAAUUACACUCCAUUGUCCAACAGAGCAUUUCAAAAGAGAGGAGUCUACAUACUUUGUAUUCAUUGACAGCAAGAACAACAUCUGUUUCUAUCUCUAUUUUCCUUGGGUUGUAUGGUUGCUUCUCUAUUUCCUCCUUCCUAUUACUAUACUUUUGAUAUUACUUUGUUAUUGUAUUUUACAUCCUGUAUUUAAUAAAUAUGUUAUGUACCCCCA